CACGUUACAGGACAGCUAUCAUUUUUCAUCCCGUCACCUCCGCUUCACCUAAAAUUAAACGGCCAAGAUCAAGUUGUUCCUACGCUUACUAUCUUUAAAAGAAGUUUUCCUUGAUCCUUCGCCAUCUAAAAGGAAAAAAAAAAGGUUUCUUCUUACAGAAAAACUGUUGAGAUAUAAGAAAGAACUUUGUGAAUAUAAUUUGUUGCUUUUCUUCGACUCAUAUUCAUGACUUCCAGGCGAUGUCCUCGUUGGUUCUUCAUUCUGUUGGGGGCGGUAGUGGUCCUGACUGUUGCCGGUUUUAGCUGCACAAGUGUUGACCACAUGCCAUCGACAGAGGAGGAAGUUAUAGACUAUUUCAAUUUAAAGGGCAAGACGCAACAAGGAACGAAGAGCAAGACGCAACAAGCCAAGGAUGAGCUGAAAGAUGAGACACAGCAGGCUGCGAAAGAGGUAAAGAGCAAGAAAAAACAAGCCGAGGAUAUGGCUUCAGAGGUGGGGAAAGAGGCCAGGGAGUCCUCAGAGUCGUGGACUGAGUGGGCUAAGGAGAAGAUCUCUGCGUAACUUGGGUUUAAGCAAGACGAUCCUAAGGAUUCUGUUAGAAAAGCUUCUGAUUCAGUGGUUGGCACUGCCACAAAGACCAAGGACAAGGUCCAAGACGUGGCCUUAGGAGCUGCCGAAUACAGUGCAGAGAAGGCAAGGGAUAUGAAAAAUACAGCUUCUAAGAAUGCCGGUAAUAUGAAGAAUGCGGCAAAGGAAAAGGCUGCUGAGAUGAAAAACGCAGCGAUAGAGAAGGCCUGUGUAUUAACAAAUGAGGCAAAAGAAAAGGCUGACACAACAUCCAAUGCAGCUAGAGAGGUUACAAUCUCAGCCAAGGACAAAGUCACUGACAUGGUAGAUACAACAAGUGAGUUGACGAAUGAAGCCAAGGAAAAAGCAGCUUGGAAGGCCGAACAAGCAAAGGAGGCAGCUGCAGAGAAAACAGAGAGUGCCAUGGAUGAAACCAAGAAGGCAGAAACAGAGGAGAGCCUGAGCUGGGCCAAGGAGAAAGCUGAAGAAGAUGCUGCCAAAAGCAAGGCCAAGAAGGAAGCUAAAGAAGGCUAUGAUGCGGCCAAAAGCAACGCUGAAGAGACCUUAAAGUCUGCCAAGGACACCGUUACUUCAAGUUAUGAGUCUGCAAAGCGGAAAUCCCAAGAAGUCAAAGAUAAUAUAUCUGGUCGAUGCCAUGACGAGGAGCUCUGAGUUGCCAAUGCCGAGGGGUUGUUUGUUUUGA